AUGUACCGCAAUGGGGCUCCUUCAGCAUCCUUAUUUGUGAGAAAUGUUUCAGACAGUACCAGGAGCGACGACCUCCGUGAGGUGUUCGGGAAAUAUGGACCUCUGCUGGAUGUUUACAUUCCCUUGGCAUACCAUACCGGCCGGCCCCGUGGCUUCGCCUACGUACAAUAUCCUUUUCCUUUCGAGUCCGUUCGCGACGCCGAGGACGCGAGAGACGCGAUGGACGGCGUCAGGUUCCACGGUCGAGUAAUUGAAGUCGAAUUCGCUCAGGGUGACCGCAAAACACCACGGCAAAUGCGGGCGCGGGAGGAUCGUCGUGUGCUCCGCUCGUAUUCGCGAUCCCCUGUCGAGACGAUCGCCCGAUCAUCACCACCGGCGACCCCGGUCACGAGACAGAGGUCACGGCCAUCGAACAGGAGAGAGCAGUAG